CGCAUUGUCGCUGAGAACGGCCGCCGCAUCGGCCGCGCGGAUACCUGCGCGAGCGCAUUUCGUUGUAACUCUAAACACGGAAAAGUGAAAAAAACUGAAGUUCUAAGUGUGCUAGGUGUCGCUGGCUAGCCAUUAAACAGCAAGGAAAAUGGUAAUGCGGUCGACGAUAACGUUGUAGUAUAGAAAAAAAUCUGUAAAAACAAUAAAAUGGGUAGCGGCAAGUUUGGUUUCAACGUCAAGAAGGACAAAGUGACUGUGACUAGUGAUAAGACUGAAUUUAGUGUUAAGGAAAAAUGUAGCAAAAUAAAGAAGAAAUUAAAGAAGACUGAAAAAAAGAAGACUGAAGUGACCCAGAGGGAGAAAAAAAUUUGGUGGUAUCAAUGUAGCAGUUUGAGCGAAAUCGACCAGUACCUGUGGAUGGUAGGAGGGUCGGCUGGCGCACUGGCAUUGACCGGUGCUGUAGCUGCCUCAGCAUUCUACCUCAGCACAAGACCGAAGCCAGAGAAACCACUCGUCACGCUACACGAACAGAGUUUACUCGAGGCGGGACCUGAGAUGGUUCGCGUGUCCAAAUUCUAUAAAGAAGCAAAAAAUGGUCGAUUCCUACGAUAUCUUCACGAAGACACACGAACACUUUACGAAACCUUCCGCCGAGGGGUUAAAGAAUCAAAUAAUGGCAACUGCCUUGGUUGGCGUGAGGGACCAAACAAGCCGUACGUGUGGCAGAACUACAACGAGACUCUGCUCCGAGCGAAAAACUUCGGUUCCGGCCUUAUAUGCCAAGGUCUUACUCCUGGUCAAAACACUUUCGUGGGUAUUUACUCACAAAACUGUCCAGAAUGGAUAAUGACAGAACAAGCCGCCUACUGCUAUUCUAUGGUCAUUGUCCCAUUGUAUGACACAUUAGGAGCCAACGCAUGUGCCUUCAUUGUAAAUCAAACUGAAAUGUCUGUGGUCGUAUGCGAGGACGAUAAGAAAGCCAAUCUCCUUCUCGAUCAGUCACCGAGGUGCUUAAGAAAAUUGAUUACUAUUAAGGAAGUGUCGCCUUCUACGCAUCAAAGAGCCAAGAGCCGUGGCGUGGAAAUAAUCAAAUUCAGUGACGUUGAAUUCCAAGGAGCACAAAAAGAUCAUCCUUGUGUCCCACCGAAACCAGAAAGCAUUUGCACGAUCUGCUACACGUCAGGAACGACGGGAAUGCCAAAAGGCGUUAUGUUGACACACGAGAACGUUGUAGCGUCAGUGUGCAGUGUGAUCAUGCAACUUGGAGAACAUCGGCCGUCGAAGCAUGACGUCAUGAUCUCCUUCCUGCCUCUCGCACACAUGCUGGAGCGGUGUUGUGAAAACGCUCUCUACAUGGUAGGUGGAGCUGUUGGUUUCUACAGCGGUGACAUCCGAAGACUCGCCGAUGAUUUGGCAGCUCUAAAACCCACCAUGAUGCCUGCUGUACCUCGACUACUAAACAGACUAUACGACAAAGCGCAAUCUGAAAUAUCCAACUCGAAAAUCAAGAAGUUGCUUUUCAAUAUGGCGUUGUCAGCUAAAGAGUCAGAAUUGAAGAGAGGCAUUGUCCGCGGAGAUUCUAUCUGGGACAAGCUGGUGUUCCGCAAGGUGCGCGAGGGCAUGGGUGGCAGACUGCGCAUCAUGGUGGUGGGAUCUGCUCCGCUCGCCGGCAAUGUGCUGACUUUCGCUCGCUGCGCUCUUGGAUGUCUGAUCGUCGAAGGCUACGGACAGACCGAGUGCACUGCGCCAGUGACUCUUACCGUUCAGGGAGACCACGUCCCUGAACAUGUCGGGCCUCCCGUCGCUUGUUGCAAAGUGAAGCUCGUGGACGUGCCCGAAAUGGAGUACUACGCGGCGCAGGGACAAGGCGAGGUGUGCGUGCAGGGCGCCAACGUGUUCAAGGGAUACUUUAAAGAGCCGGAGAAAACCAAGGAGGUCAUCGACCAGGACGGCUGGCAUCACACUGGCGAUAUCGGGAAAUGGCUACCGAAUGGCACUCUCAAAAUCAUCGACAGAAGAAAACACAUCUUCAAGCUAUCGCAAGGCGAAUACAUAGUUCCUGAGAAAAUAGAAAACAUUUACAUAAGGAGUCAGUACGUUGAACAAGUGUUUGUUCACGGCGAAUCUUUGAAGUCAUGCGUGGUAGCCGUGGUGGUGCCAGACGUGGACGUGGUCAAGUGCUGGGCCCUCGAGUGCGGCAUCAAGGGCACAUUCUCCGCGCUCUGUGAAAACGAAAAGGUCAAGAAGAUGAUCUUGGACGACAUGCUGCAGUGGGGCAAGUCCGCUGGCUUGAAGACCUUUGAGCAGGUAAAGGACAUCUACCUGCACCCGGACCCAUUCUCAGUGCAGAACGGCCUACUGACACCGACCAUGAAGGCGAAGAGACCCGAGAUCAGGAACUACUUCAAACCCCAAAUAGAGGACAUGUAUAAACAACUCGAAUAACAAUCGUGUUCGCCGGCUCUAGUUAUAGGGACAUUUACAAAUGUAGUGCUAUGAUACAAGCCUGUUGUGGUAAGCCAGUCUUCUAAAGAAAACUGCAGUCUUCGACAACAGCAUGGAAAUGAGUAUAAAUGUCACGAUUACUAAGGAGAUUCAAUAUAGCUUCAUCUUAUUCAGUGACAUGAUCACAAAUGCAGUUAAAGCUUCGCCCUAUCUAUUUUUUGGUUAUUCGUGAUGUCUAUACACAUAAUAAUAAACUUAGACUAAACCGUGACGUACAACGUCGGUAAUUUUUAUAAAUCUAGUAUCCUAUCACAGUACAAUGUGUUUUUUAAUUUACUCACUUUUCACGUAGCUAAAACUAAUGUUGUUCUUACUUAAAAUUGAACAACAUUUUUAACAAGGGAAGUUAGUCACAAAUUUUGUACAUUAUUACGACCGACAAGUAAUCGUAGUGAUAAAUUCAAUUGAAACAUACGUAAAUAUAAGAAAUUCUGUAGUUUUAAACGGUAGCUUUCACACAAUGGCAAUAAGAGAGAAACGGCGUUUCUUGAGCAGUCAAUUAAAAUGGAAAACCGCAUUUGGACACGUAUCGUGUACUCCUUUAACUCUUCUCUACUAGGAACUCAUGUAAAUCUAUCAGCUAGAUUCUACCUUACCUUUAUAUCUACUCGUAUGUUUACCCCAUUGUUUAAACCAAUACUGAUUUCUAUUUUUGGUAUUCAUUAAAAUAGUAAAUGUACCAACAUUGGUAUGUUAUUUCGCAGUCCAAUCUCCGGAUCCGGAUAAGUAUAUUAUACAAAAUAUUGCAAAGUUUUAUGAAGUUAAAUAUACAGUAGUAGGUCUUAGGUAAAAUUGUAAGCAAUAGGGUUUGAGGUUAGGUGCAAGUUUGCAGAGGCUGUUAUAAAUGGUUGAAGAAAUAGAAGUAAAUUAUGUUAUAAUUGAUGUAAGCCUCCAGUGCGUCUACAAAUGUAUAGACGCCAUAGUUACACAAGAAACAUUGUAUAAUUUCGAUGCUAAAAUUAAAGUAGCAUAAGUAGGUAAUACUCAUAGUUUGUGCCGUGCCUUCUACCUAAACAGUUUUAUAAAUCAAAUACUAAAGACAAAAUUUACGAGUACAUCCAAAAAUAUACAAACACGAGGCACCAGCAUCCUAAUUUUCAGUUAUACAGCAAGUUUACUUUAUAACAAUUAUUUUUGUUUAUAACUUUAGUAUGUGUGGAAUUGAGUUAUGCGAUUUUUAUAUUUAGAGGACGAAUCUCAGUUUUGUUUGUAUGAAUUGCUGAUUUUACACGACAAUAUGACAAGAUCUUUUUUGUACAACUUAGGAUCAUCAACUUUUAAAACUUGGUAUUGGUCGAAUUACUAGGUCCUACGUCAAGGUGACCAUUGCUAAUAGGAUCCGAAGUUCCUAAUUAUAAAGCUCCUAGUUCUACUAAAGAGAUCUUUCCUACAAUUUAAUCCUAGGUCAAACUAUCGCACCAUGUAGCAUAAUAUAAUUAAUUUUGUAUUUUCUAUGCAACAAUAUUAUAAGAUUAUGCUUUGAGCGAGCGUUACGGUUUCAAGUUGUUCAAACCAAAAUUUUGUUGUUAUUGGUGCAAGUUUUACUACGAUAAUUUAUUUUUAAAUAAAAUUUUUGAAAAAUUA